ACGUGUACCUGUCCGUCUGACGACCGACCAGGCGGCUAUUGCCAACUGAAUCUGCAGAACAGCGGACGCGGCUAAAAUAUAUCGAAAAAAAAAAAUAAGCUUACGAAUUCGAAUGUAAAUUAGUGUUGGACGUUCUGUGAUCACGAACUGUAUCGAAAUAGUAGUUAUAUAAAAAAAUUAAAAAUGGCUCAACGUAUUUUCAAAAUUCUCUUAGUCUUUUGUUUUACCAUAAUCUGUCACAACGGAGAGGCUGCUGAGAAUGAUAAUACACCAACGAUACCGGAAUAUUUGCUGCCAUGCAAGCGGAGCGACGCCGAAUUGGAUUCUUGUAUCAAGAGGUCUUUCAACCAUCUCCGGCCAUACCUCGCGAGAGGACUACCUGACUUGGAAGUACCUCCGGUAGAGCCCCUCUUCAUAGACCGGCUGAUGAUGGAAAACAACGCUGGUCCAGUUCGAGUGAGGGCGACUUUCAGCAACAUCACCGUGAUUGGACCGAGUAAUUAUACCGUGACGAAAAUCAGGUCAGAUUUGAAGAAGUUGCGAAUUGACAUGGGGCUGGUGUUACCCCGUAUAGAAGUCACUGGUCACUACGAGGUAUCUGGGCAGGUGCUUCUGUUCCCUGUGCGAUCCCAGGGCGACUUCUGGGCCUCAUUCAACGACGUGGUUGCUAUCGUCAAGAUUUUCGGCAAGGAGAUCGAGCGAGAGGCCGUGAAAUAUAUGACAGCUGAUCGCAUGCAAGUCGACUUUAAGCUUAAGAGCUCUCGUUUCAAGGUCAGAGAUACAGUCAAUCACGGAAGUGUUAUUGGAGAGGCGAUGAAUCAAUUCCUCAACAACAACGCCGCUGAGAUAAUCGAUGAAAUGAGACCAGCGGCGUCUGCGGCCAUUGCCAAGCACUUCCGCAUCUUUCUUAACGCUGCCUUCGAAAGAAUACCCAUCGACGCGUGGCUCAAGCCUUAAAACUGUGAGGUGAA